AUGAUUCGAAGUGUCUCGGCGCCACUGCGUCGCAGUCGCUACAGCUCCGUGCUGGAAAGCGCAUUAGUCGGUCUUGGUCGAGAAGAUGCUGUAGUGCAAUCUACACGUAAACCGCGCAAGAAAUGGCGCUUGGACACGUCCAAGAGCCCGAUCCGAGGACUUUGUAACGUUGCUAGCGCACCCGAACGGCAUUUAAAUGGCGACGUUAAGAAGAAAAGGGACGAGAAAGAAGAAGAAGAAGAAGAUCCUUUUGAGUAUUUGAGAUUAUUGAAAUCACAUCAAAAGAAAAAGAAGAAAAGGAAGAAACGAGGGGAAGUAGAAGAAGAGAAGAAGAAUAUGACGUCUUCUCCUGCUGUUACGAGAAGUGCAGCGAAACAAAAGAAAAAGCACUAUAAAAGACGUUGUUCAGGUGUCUUGGAGAUGGUGACAAGGACACCUGUGACUCGAUCAAUGGUAAAAGAGAAGAAGAAAUGGAAACGCUGCAGUCUCGAGAGGAUUCAAGAUGUUGAGAUUGAAGAAGAUGAUGACGUGGUGAUUCAGAAAAAGCUCUUUCAAUCACCACAAGAAAUGAAAAAGAUAAUGGAAAGAGGAGAAAACAGAAGAGAACGAGUGAGUAGGAAGGCGGUAGUGCUGGAGCACUGGUGUGUCGAGUGGCCGCCAGUGCUGGAGAGAAAACACAAAAGUGACGUAGAGAAGGCACUGCUUGUAUUAACAGGACAAGUGGAUGGUAAUAUGAAGCGAUUUGUUGUUGGAAAACGAGAGGGUGCGACGAAGUUCACGUCCAAGGACGGCGAAUAUGUGACGUUGUCGGGCAAGUUGGAUCGAAAUGCCGCUAAAUGUGCGGGUAUCCCACGCACGGCAGUGGAAUUAAUGGACGUGGGUAUUCCAGCGUACUUCAAUAAACAUUUGCUUCCUUAUGCGCAGAAGUCGCGUGAUAAUGUCAAACACGGCAAGACGGGAUCAAAGUCAAGAUUAGGGAAGAAGAAGACAACUGGUGCCGACAAGUACGGUUCACCGCCUUUGAUAGAAGAAGGAGUCAAUAAUGGGACCGAAGCCAUUAUCGCCUUAGCGUCAACUCAACAUGUCGAGGCGUAUAGUACGCCGAAGCCCAAGAAGGCUCAUACUCUUGUCAUUGGCUUGAUGUAUCAGACCCGUGUCCUACCAAUUGCUAAGGAGAAAAGAAUGAGUACGAAGAAGGAAGAGCCUGAGCCUGAAGCAGAGGGUGAAGUUUGGACGACUGAGCAGCAAGAAGCUUUGAUAGAUGCCAAGCUCCAGAUCCCAACAACUGCUCCGAACUUCUGGGUGCAGGUGGCACAGUAUGUGCCAGGAAAGUCAGCAAAAGACUGUCAAGCCAAAACAUUUGAACAUUUUAGAUCCCCGCUAAGUAAUCGAAAGUCAGCAAAGAGGCCAACCAAAAAACGAGCAAGCACCGAGCCACACUCAGCCGUGCCUACCAAGAUCGCCCGCGCUGGCUCAAACAAAUUCAAAAAGCAAGUGCGCGACUUUGUAGAAGAGUACGAAAAAAAGCACGUGGAUGACCUCUUCGAAACGACCCCGUCGAAGGAAGGCUUACCGGAGUUACCAGUGUUUGAUUUCAUUAAGUCACCUGAGCUGGGGGGGACACCGUCCCGUAGCUUCGACGAUAACGACUCUGAAAUGGACGACGAAACACCUGGACUGCUUAAGAAAUUGAGCUCGCGCAGACGGGACGACAUCGACUCGUACGUUCUGGGCAUUAAUCGUCAGCACGUCGCAGGUGGUGGUGUGAUGGCUGGUGGUAAGGUGCGACGCCUGACAUCGUUGGCAACACCCGUGAAAGCAGUGAAAACAAAGGCAAUGUCUGCCAAGAAGAAGGCGGUAAUGCUUGUGGAGGAGGUCGGAUUACAUUCCUUGAAGGGCGUCGUGAGUCCAGGAGGAACAACAUACGUUCGCAUACAAAAGGAUGGCAGUUCGUCAGAGGGUGAAGAAGCAGAAGACAGCAGUGAAGAAGAGGAAGAUUUUGAUCUGUCUUGA